ACUGGUAUCUCCCAGUUAUACAGAUUUUUUCGUUGUCCCGUUUGUUUUGCCGGGCCUAAUUGUUCCGCGCCUCUAGAUGUUUCCCGGCCGGAGCGGUUUGAAAGUGGCAGCCGGCUGGGUGCUAAUGGAUGAGGAGAAGGGGGAGGUUGGCAAGUUGGAAAUGUGUCAAAAUUAUUAAAGAUUAAAAUAAUAAUUGAGACAGUAAACGCCGGUAAAGGUGGUGUGCGGUAUCGGCAGAUUAACAGAGUCUCGUCUGGGCAGGCACCGCCAUGGCCACCUCGUCGGAGGAGGUCCUGCUCGUCGUGAAGCGGGUUCGACAGAAGAAGCAGGACGGGGCUCUGUACCUCAUGGCGGAGAGGGUCGCCUGGGCACCGGAGGGGAAGGACCGCUUCUCCGUCAGCCACCUGUAUGCGGACAUCCGCUGUCAGAAGAUCAGCCCCGACGGGAAAUCCAAGAUCCAGCUGCAGCUGGUUCUGCACACAGGUGAAACGACCAACUUUCACUUCACCAGCGAGAGCAGCGCCAUGAAGGACCGUGACGCAGCCAAGGACCUGCUGCAGCAGCUGCUGCCCAAGUUCAAGAGGAAAGCCAACAAGGAGCUGGAGGAGAAGAACAGAAUGCUCCAGGAGGACCCCUUGUUGUUCCAGCUCUAUAAGGACCUGGUGGUCAGUCAGGUGAUCAGUGCCGAGGAGUUCUGGGCAAAUCGGGUCAGCAUGAACUCCGUCGACCACUCACUGACCAACAGCAAGCAGGAAGUGGGCAUCUCCGCAGCCUUUCUGGCGGAUGUUCGACCGCAGACAGAUGGCUGCAACGGUCUGAGAUACAACCUGACCUCCGAUAUCAUUGAAUCCAUAUUCAGGACCUAUCCUGCAGUCAAACAGAAGUACGGGGAGAACGUGCCCCACAAUCUGACGGAGAAGGAGUUCUGGACCCGGUUCUUUCAGUCCCACUAUUUCCACAGAGACCGGAUCAGCACCGGCUCACAGGACCUCUUCGCAGAGUGUGGCAAGCUGGAUGAGCAAGGAUUGAAGUCCAUGGUUGGCCAAGGAGUGAGGAACUCAAUGGUUGAUCUGACAUCACUUGAGGACAAGUCACUGGAUGAGGGUUAUGGUAUCUCCUCAGGACCGUCCACCUCCAGUCACAACAAGACUUUGAAAGAGAACAGCAACGCGGCUAUCAUCAAACGCUUCAACCACCACAGUGCCAUGGUGCUGGCGACCGGACUGCGCAAACAGGAUGCACAGAACGAGCAGAAUGGAGAGACGAGCAGUACGGACGGAAACUCCAAGGAUUCAGACUUCUUCCAACCGUCAGUGAAAAAGGUGAAGUUACAAGAAGCUAUAGAAUAUGCAGACUUGGAGCAAGAGAAUGGAAGGAAACCUGUUGCACUGAACCUCAAGAAGUCUGACAGGUAUUCCCACGGUCCCACCCCAGUACAAUGCCAGCAGUAUGCAACCAGCCAGGACAUUAUUAACUCUGUCAACUGUAUUAGGCACGAAAUAGCCGACUACACACCAAGACUCACUCAGGUCCUCUCCAGCAGCACAGCGAGCACGGCCAUUGCAGCCCUGUCUCCGGGAGGAGUGCUCAUGCAAGGAGGAACACAACAAGCCAUAAACCAGAUGGUGCCGAACGACACGCAGUGUGAGCUGAAGCACCUGUACGUGGCAGCGGGGGAGCUGCUUAGACACUUCUGGUCCUGCUUCCCUGUCAACACCCCUUUCCUGGAGGAGAAGGUGGUGAAAAUGAGGAGCAACCUGGAGCGGUUUCAAGUUACCAAGUUGUGUCCAUUCCAAGAAAAAAUGCAGCGGCAAUAUUUAAGUACAAAUCUAACGGGCCACUUGGAGGAAAUGCUGCAGACAGCAUACAACAAAUUCCACGCGUGGCAGACGAGACGCAUGCUGAGGAAAACGUGAAGGGGUGCCAGCCGGGGGUGAGGGGCGAGGAGGAGAACAAGAAGAGAAAGAGGAAGCUGCCGUGGCCGCCUUGGCAUCUGAAAGCUGCGGGUUGUGGAGAAUCCUGAGGGAAUGGAUUUGGGAAAUAGAAAUCUUGCUAGGGUUCCCUUGGAAACGGGAAGAAGUUUUCCCCAGAGGUUUGAAAAACAAAGUGAAAUUUAAACAAAAAAAAAAAAAGUGGGGGUGAGGGGAGGGGGAUCUUUCUGAAGCUCUUCGAGGAGUUCUGAAGACAAACAACAAGAUGACCAAACUGUGAGAACCUGGAAUGGAGACACAGUGUUCUUACUGACAGACUCAGGAACUGCAAAGAGUUUGCAUUAUUAGAGUGCUGCUGCUACAACAAUAAUAAUAAUAAUAAUAAUAAUAAUAAUAAUAAUAAUAAUAAUAAUAUUGAUUAUUAUUGUUAUAACGAUUAAACUAAACAAAAAAAAAGAAAUGUAUACAGUAAAAUGUGCUUGGGUCACUACAGGGUUUCACAUAGACUUAAUGUUGAUUCGGGAACAUGUUUUUGAUGACAGCGUUGGGAUUCAUGGGCUGGGAGAAGCAGGGUUGGAGCACAAGGAUAUGGCUGGCGCCCCAUUUUAUUAAGAGCAUAUUAAAAGAAAAAACUCAGCUUGUUUAUUGAGUUUGAAGGCUCAGGAAAGACUUUAGACUAUUUUUGGUUUCACUGCCUUACGCACUUUCUCUGUGGGUGUAUAUAGAUAUAUCAGAGGUGGAAAUAAGACUCCUGCUGCAUAGCAGUUUCACCCAUUCCAGAUUUUAAUACAAGCUUGAUUUAGCCCCAGUGUACAAGUAACAAGGUCAGAUGUGCCUUAUUAAACUCCUAGUAAAACCAGGAAUGGCUCAGACUGCUAUGCAAUGGUUGUCUUAUUUUCAUACCAGGAUAAAGAUUUAUGACUACGUGCACAGCAGGUCAAAAAGGUGGGGGACUGUUUACUCUAAAUCGCUCUUGUUUCAGGGGGGAAGGCUUUCUCUGUCACAGGAAAGAGGAAAGGUAUAAAAGUGUAUUCUGUGGCUCUUGAGUUGAAGUUCUGUGCAGGCGUGGCACGAAACUGUCGUGGUUUACCGUUUGUCGCUUUAGUCCCCCACCCCCAACAACAGCUGCAAAUAUGUGACCCAACAUUUUGAGUUUCUGGUAAUAUCUUAAUAUAUUUUCUCUGUGUGAAACUCUG